AUGGUCUCUCGCCCCUGGAUCACUGAGUCGUCGUGGCCCUGGCGGGACCGGACUCACAUAAACGUCCUGAAAGGCCGCGCAUAUCUUCGAGCACUUCGUCUUCGAGCCCUGGAGGCUGACGAUCAGAGGUUUGUUCACGGCCUGGACUCAAAUGUCGUGCUAGGUGCUGUGCUGAAGGGCAGGACAAGCUCCCGCCUUCUCCGCCCCAUCGUCAUGAAGUCUGCCGCCCUUCAGGUCGGGUACGGGCUCUAUCCCGGGCCCCACUUUUGCCCAACCAGAUUGAACAUCUCGGAUUGUCCAACAAGGUCCCGUCCCUUGCCUCCUCCUGUUCCUCAUCACCUCGCGGGUUUUUUCCCCGACCGCUCAUUGUAUGGACUUUCUUGCCUUGGCGGCCUCUCGCGCCCUUCUGCAAACUGGCUCCGCCUUGCCCUGCUCCUGAGUUGCCUUGACUCGGGCUCGGGCUUUCGACAGUACGCUCGGGUGAGGGCCCUCCCAGAGGCCCCGCCGCUGGAACCGCGCAAUCAGAGAGACGGAGCGAGGGCCAAGGCUCGCGCAGGCACCCAGCUUGCUCAGGGCAGGCCUGUACUGGAGAGGACAUCCCGGAACCGGGCACACCUGCUCGCGCUCUUUUGUUCGUGGCUAGCAGCAGGUGGUGUGCUACUCGAGGACCUCCUGGACAGCUCCAAAGCCUCCCCGGAGACAGUCAACGCUUGGGUCGUGUGCUACGGCCGCAUGCUCUUCGAAAGUGGGCGUCCUUAUUGGCACUACUCUGAGCUUAUCAACGGCAUUACGGCUCGCAAGCCCAUCCUCAAACGCUGCAUGCAAGCCUCGUGGGACUUAGCGUUUUCCUGGAUGGCCCUGGAGCCCUCGACCCACCAUGUGGCCAUGCCUGCAGUCGUCCUCCUGGGGAUGUUGACUACGUGCCUCUGCUGGGGCUGGCUUGCGGAAGCGGGCCUCUUCGCUCUUGCAUGGGGAGGUCUCCUCAGGGACGUCCUGCUCUCGCAGAACUAUAUCCUGGCCCGGAUCGAGGAGCCCAAGACAAGGAUGCGUAUGGCGAGGCAUCAGGCUGCAAAAGUAGAGCAGGCCGACCUCGUCCUGCUCAUAGCGACGGCUUUUGGUGACCUGCCCCCUGCCGAGAAACUGUGGCCCCGCUGCACGCAAACGCUCCGCAGGCGCUUCGACUUAGUUCUGGAAAGGAUGGGUGUCAGCUCCGUUGCGCGCAGUGGCCGACAGCUGGACCUCGGUUCUUUCAGGCCAGGCGGGGCGACCCACCUCCUCUCCAUGACGGAGAACAGUGAGCUGGUUCGGAGGCGAGGCAGAUGGGCCUCGCAUCGUGUGAUGGAGAUUUACAUUCAGGAGGUCAUGGCGUGCACCUUCCUCCCCUCCCUGCCCCUCGAGACACGCGAGCAGGUUCUCAACCUAGCGCACGCCUUUACGGCGACUCUGGAACAGGUAGUGGAAUGGAAAAGGCUCGGUGUACCGACUGCCUCCUGGUAUGGUCUCUUCUCUGCCGGCUAG